AUGGCUGUGCCAAAAGGAGAGGGUAGGACGAGCAGAGAGGGAAAUCAAGACUUGGUCAGAGGGUGUGAGCAGGCGGUGAGCCGAAUGAGCAAGUUAGGCCUGUUGGGAGCCUUGAUGGCCAUCUUAAAAAAGGGGAUAGAUUGGUGCCCUAUGCUGAAGAGAAACUUGCUCGGCAGCAAUGAGGAUGACGGCGCCCGGGCAACUGAGGAUGUCGUGGACAGGUAG